UCCAUCAUCACUGCCUAUAUAACACGGAUACUUCACUUUGUUGCCGUAUCGCGUAUCGGAUACGUAUCCGAUACCGAUACGCGACGGAUACGCGACGGAUACGUAUCCUGGGCGUAUCCGCGGGAUGGGCCGUAUUGGGCCGGGAAACCUCAGAUUCGAUACGUAUCUCGGUGGAUACGGCCCAGUUUAAAGCCCAUCUAAAGGAGCCGGCCCGAUAGAAUUAACGGGCUGGACCAAAAAGCCCAUUUGUGAUGUAGCCCAUUGCAGCUGGAUGAACAAAUCUAGCUCUAUAAAUAAUGAUGCUCUAUACAAUAUAAGAUUCCACACAAUUGAGAAAGCCGCAGCUAGGUCAAAAACUCCCCGCCUCCAUAGAUUCGCAGUAUGGCAUCUCCAAAUCUGAGUGCUACUGCUGCUAGUUCUAGUGCUAGUUCUGCUGCUAGUUCUAGUGUUGGAUCUGGGUCCAGACAAAUAACUGAUAUCAGGGCUCCAUUGUGGGAUCAUGUCACCAUUCUAGAGAAGCCUAAACCUGGUGGAGGAAAUAUAUUAUGGAGAUGCAACUAUUGUCCAUUUUCAAAAAGCACUAGCUAUACAAGAGUUGAAGCUCAUUUGCUGCAAAAAUUAAGACAGGGGAUUAAGACAUGUCCAAAUGUUUCAUUUGAAAUGCUGAGUGACAUGAGGAGGGAAGUGGAAAAGUGUAAGGAGCUAUUGGAAAGAUCAAAGGCAUGCACUGUUUCUUUGCCUGUAGCUCCUUCAGACAACAGCAAGAGGACCAAGAGGGGGCCUGUUUCUCAAUUGGAAAAAUCAUGGGCAUUGCAAGACCGCAAGCACUUGGAUGCUUUAAUUGUUAGAGCAAUUAUUUCCUAAUUUAGAACCUGCUGCUAUCAUGUUAUUUUGAGUGUAAUAGACCUUUAAUGUCUCUAUGUUGAAUUAGAAUAUCUAUUUUGUAAUUUAUUUUGCACUAUUAUUAUUUAUUAAAAAAAAUAGUUAAAACGUA